AUCGGAGAGGAAGCGGCGGCGGUGGCGGUGCCCGGCGGCCGGGCGGAGAAAGAACAGGAGCUGGAGCCGGCUCGGCGACCGGGAAUCAGCGGCGGCGGGACAAGGGGCGGGGCUGGAGCAGCGCGGGACAAUCCCGGGGCAACCGGCGGCAGCUAAGACCCGCCCCUUUCCGAUCAUUGGCGGAUUCUUCAGGCGCUUAUCCAAAGGAGAAUGGCUGAGGUGCACAUUAUCGGACAGAUUGUCGGAGCAAGUGGCUUCCCACAGCACAGCCUGUUCUGUAAAUGGGGACUGCAUACAGGGUGUGCUUGGAAGCUGCUGUCCGGCUUAAAAGAAGGGCAAACACAAGUGGACAAUCCGGCAACCAAGGAGAUGACCUACUGGUCACAUCCUAUUGAUGUACACUACGCAACGAAAGGCCUCCAAGGCUGGCCCAAACUUUAUGUGCAGGUCUGGCACCAGGACUCCUUCGGCAGGAACGAGCUGUACGGCUACGGUUUCUGCCACAUCCCCAGCAGCCCGGGCACUCAUGAGAUUCAGUGCGUCACCUGGCGGCCCCUGGGCACCUGGCAGGAGCAGCUCUCCCAGAUGUUUGUGGGUGGCGGGCCUCAGCUGAAACACAGUGACCUCAUUUACACUGGCGCUGACCGCUACCGUCUCCAAACUGUGGCCAUGGGCAAGGUCCACCUCCAGCUCAGCAUCAUCCUCCGUAACUUUGACCAUUAUGGGGUAGAGUACUGAACGGGGCGGGGGAAGGGAGGGUUGGGGAUGAGGGGGAGACUUCAUUCCAGACUGGGUACCCCUCAACGCUCCGCACUUUCUCCAUCUUUUUCCUUGCACCUUCCAGAAGCUUCUGUUACCUUGGAUUACACACGAGAGAGUCCUUUUACCUGCGCUCUUAUUCCACGCCUUGUCUGCUUUGCACAGGUUCCAGCUCGGUCCCUGCUACCAGGACUGCACACUGACUCUGUUUAUAACGGCUAUUGACAGGCCUGCAAUGAUCCUUUGUAAUCUUCUGUGUACCUUCCCAGAGUGGGAUGUGACAUUGGUUGUUACUCAGUCCUGAUGAUUUACGUAGUAACCUUGUAUUGGUGUUUUCCCCCACUGGGUUCAUUUAGUGCUGCAGAACGUCAAGUUUAUUUUUAAGAGAGGAUCAAUUUUUAAAAAUCUUCAGGACAAGCCUAAAUCCUGUCACUGUGUCUGAGUAGAGAUGGCAAUUUGUUCUGCAGGGGUUUGGUACUGAGCCACACAUCAGAAUGUCGCAGGCUCCAUGACAGACCUGUGUUCGGUUGCUGAUAUCGGGUAGGAUUGUGGCCUGGGUGGUAUGGCUGCCCUUUGGGUUGGGGGAGUAGGAGGAGUACCUGGCUAAUGUUUCCUCUCCUGGUCACUAGCAGUUGGUUUUGUGGCUCAAUGGCUUCUAACCAAAGACAGUGGAGAUAUUCAACGGUUGUGGGUUAUAGUCCUAUGAGGGUUGACUUAUUCAGAGUCUGAUUCUUCUGAUGCCGAACCACAAAAAGCUGGUGGUUUAAAAACCUAAUGAUUUCUCUGGUGAGCUUUGUGGCUUGAUGGCGAGCACUCCCCCACGACACAAUAACUGUUGCUCAAUAUCAACGCUUGUGUUUGGGUGAGAUGCUGGAGGAGUUCAAGUGCCUGUACUCCACUGAGAGAGAGAGAGAGCACCCCGGUGAGAGUCAGCACCCUCAGGGAGCGGACCCCCGUGAGAGUCAGCACCCUCGGGGAGCGGACCCCCGUGAGAGUCAGCACCCUCGGGGAGCGGACCCC